GCCACAAGUUUUCUUGAUUUUUUAAAUUACUGAUUUUAUUAUAUCGUAAUUAAUAGUUAAUUUACAUAGAAUAAUGAUAAAUAAAUUGGUAAUAUUUUGCUUAUUUGUAUGGACUGCAAACUGCCAUCAACGUUUUGUAUGCCCUCGUCCCGAGAGUACUAACAGUGGUAUCAAGUCGGGACCAUGCAGCGACGAGAACAACCCAUUCGAAGCUAAUUACAUGGAUAUCGUACCCGGACCAAUGACAAUAAGAUUUGAAGAGACCAUCUUUCAUAGAGAAGCCCCGACUAUAGUGAGUCUAAACGAAUAUGGUAAACCCGAUGCCACUUGCCUCCUCUUGGAUCAUAUACCCCAUAACGAUGCUGCUAAAAUGGAUUUGGGACCUGACUGCUGGAUAUCUGGUUAUCCAAUCGGCCGUUGCCCCGCUCAACAUUACCUAACCGUCAACAUUCCAGACAUAAAAUGCGACAGGUGUUUCCUUCAAGUAAUAUCGGUUAUGUUGGAUAAAUACAGACCCGAUGAGGCUCCAUGUUAUCAAGAAAAUAUGGGACAUAACAAUUGUAGUACUUACUACUCUUGCGCUAACGUAAAAAUUCGUCCAACAAGCCAAGGUUUAAAUAGAGAUAUCAACAGCUGCUCAGCGGAAUACAAAAAGAACUUAAUCGGUCAAUGGCCAUACAGACCGGCUAACGAAUAUACCUCGAAAGUAAAUAUAGGUUCAACUGGAGCCGACGGUAAAUUCUACCACGAUAUUCACAUGAAUAAUUUAGCAUAUAAUAUAUCACUCUCUCAAUUUACCUCAUCUCAUAAAUUGAGUAUUUACAAAGGCAAUGACGCUGUAUAUGAAAUUCCAGUGGCCUCUGGAGCGAUUAGGGCUAUUGGAGUAUGGUCCAAUUUAGAUUCCAAUACUAUUGACGAUUUAGAAAAUGGCCGUCUAGAAUUGACUCUUAGAGAUGAAAGUGCCGGUAAUCAAUUAGAGAAAUCUACCCUGGUCCUUCUGCAGAAAAUACACGAAUUUCAAUAUUAUUACCAUUUGGGUAUUGAUUGGGGAAAGGAUGGUUGGCUAAAGGGUAACGAUUUUAUUGGAUCAAAUGCACCUUAUUCGUUCGUUGUUGAACCUAAUGGAAUUUGUAUUCCCAGUGCAAAGUAUCUAGGAGGUUUUAAUCAGCAAGAUACUAAAUCGGCUAUUAUAAGUUUAUCGAUAACGGAUGAUAGAGUAUGGGUUAGGGCCGCUUCGUCUAACUUCGCAAUCAGUACAAUUGAGAUAAAGUUCAAUGGUGAUACCGUUCUACGGGUCGAUUCUACCGAUGUCGAUAGUGGAAAUCUUGUUUAUCAAGUGUAUAAUCUCUCCCCCAGAGAUGCUAAUUCUUAUUCGGCCGUUUUUAAAUCUACCAAUAAUGAAGAAAUCGAGGUUACCCUCGCCAGUUCUGUAGCUGCUCCGUUAAGGAUCAAUUAUAAAGAGAAUAAGGGAGAAAUUGUUCUUAUACCAGAACAGACAGGAUUCCGAUAUGCAGUUGUUGCACCUAAUGUCGCUGGAACUUUGUCGAUAAGAGGACCCGCUAGGCAAGGCCAUUCUGGUAGUCUAAUCUACCAAAUAGAGAAUUUCGAAAACGGUGUUGCCACCGGUACAUGGCCGUUGGACUCUGUAAAAUCUUAUUGGAUUUUGGCAAGCGGCCAUCUUUAUGCAGAAAUUGUCAGCUCUCCAGCAUUCAAUUCAGAUAGACAAAUUCAUGGGCAAUUCCCCUAUCCAGAAUUCAGUGUAGCCAAUUUCCGUACCAGCGUGCUAUCUUUGGAAGGUAAACCAACAGAUUUCGGCGUUGAAGAGGUUAAUACAAACGGUUUAAGUACAUUCUUUUUGGCACCUUCAAAUGCUAAAUUGGAGAUCAACUCUCUCUUAAGAAAUGUUGCAUCUAACGAAGUUGUGCAAAGUUUGACCCUAAAACGAGGCUCAACAACACUAGCUACAGAUGCAAAUGUAAGGGGAGAAAGCUAUAUCCAAUUGGAAGAUAAUUCCCAAAAACUAGAAUGGAGUCUUGAUAAUCCAUCCGCUGAUAUUGUUAGUGCUCUAAACGCAGGAGAAUUAGAAUUACAUAUUACCACAUCGAGAUUCAAUGAGAAAGCGCUUAUAGCCAAAGCUCCAAGGAUUUCUUCUUAA